CGGUUCCGGGUAAGGUGGGUAAGGCUAAGGUUGUGGAAGAUGGCGGUGUCAGCAGGAGCGUCCGGAUGGAGUGGCCUAAAGCUGGCGUGCGCCUGCCUGCGCUCGUUCUUCGGCCUCUUUUUGCUGCUGGGCUUGGCGCCUCGUCCAGGCGCCGCCACUACGCACUGGGUAGUCACCGAAGACGGCAAGAUCCAACAGCAGGUUGACUCACCAAUGAAUCUGAAACAUCCUCAUGAUUUAGUAAUAUUAAUGAGACAAGAAACAACUGUUAACUACCUCAAAGAGCUGGAGAAACAAUUAGUAGCUCAGAAGAUCCAUAUAGAGGAGAAUGAAGACAGAGAUACAGGAUUGGAACAAAGGCAUAAUAAAGAAGAUCCUGAUUGUAUUAAAGCAAAGGUGCCCUUGGGGGAUUUGGAUCUCUAUGAUGGCACCUAUAUCACUUUAGAGAGCAAAGACAUCAGUCUUGAAGAUUAUGUAGACACAAAGUCUCCUUUACCUCUAGACCUAGAAGAACCAGAAUGUACUAAAAUUUUAGAUCUACCAUACAGCAUUCAUGCAUUUCAGCAUUUACGAGGUAUUCAAGAAAGAGUUAAUCUUUCUGCACCCUUGUUACCUAAAGAAGAUCCUGUAUUGAAUUACCUAUCAAGACGAUUAGGAAGAAGUAUAGAAGAGAUAGGACAUCACAUAUAUGAAGGUCUCUUGAAGAAUUCAUCUUCUUGGGUGUUAUACAAUAUGGCUUCCUUCUAUUGGAGAAUAAAGAAUGACCCAUAUCAAGUAGUAGAAUGUGCAAUGCGAGCUCUCCAUUUUUCUACAAGACAUAAUAAAGAUGUUGCAUUGAUAAAUCUGGCGAAUGUAUUACACAGAGCACAUUUCUCUGCUGAUGCAGCUAUUGUAGUCCACGCUGCUCUGGAUUACAGUGAUGUCUUCACCAGCUAUUAUACUUUAGGAAACAUAUAUGCAAUGCUUGGGGAAUACAACCACUCAGUUUUAUGUUAUGAUCAUGCUUUACAGGCCAAGCCAGGGUUUGAACAAGCAAUUAAAAGAAAGCAUGCUGUCCUAUGCCAGCAAAAGCUUGAGCAGAAACUUGAAGCUCAACAUAGAUCGCUUCAGCGAACCUUAAAUGAAUUGAAGGAAUAUCAGAAGCAACAUGAUCAUUACUUGAGACAGCAGGAAAUCUUAGAAAAGCACAAACUGAUUCAGGAAGAGCAGAUUCUGAGGAAUAUUAUCCAUGAAACACAAAUGGCAAAAGAGGCACAAUUAGGAAACCAUCAGAUUUGUCGUUUGGGCAACCAGCAGCACAGCUUGCAUUGCCAGUGGGACCAACCAGUCCGUUAUCACCGUGGUGACAUGUUUGAAAACGUUGAAUAUGUUGAGUUUGGUGGUGAUUCUUCAUUUGCUACAAUGGCAUCUGUGAAUUCUGAACUUCAAGUCAACAGCAGUGACUUCAGCCAUUCCUUGGAGUCCUCCCCUUGGGUCCAUGCUGUAUUCUCAUUAUGGGGUUUAGAAGCUGAUGAUUAUAAGGAUAAGCAGAAUAUUAUGUGGCCUAAAAGAUCAGAUUGUGUAAAAUCUUAUCCAGCUAUCCCUUCCCCAGAGGAAUUGCCAACUUAUAUCCUGCACCCAGAAAACAGGGGCCAAAGAAUUCAUUCAUUACUUGGCAAUCCAGAAGAUCUCACACAGACAGAAUUUAAUGAGCCAGAUUGUUCUUCCAUUACUGAUAACCCUAACAGUGACUCUGUAUAUUUCUGGAUCAAAGAACUAAGCAACCAUCUAGAUUUAACAGAAAAGAUGCCAGAUGAUUAUGCACAGCAAAUCUUAUAUUCUCGUGUCAACAAUCAGUCAAUUACACAACAGCAAAUAGGAUCGCUCAUCUAUCAUGCCAUUUUAAAGGCAAGGGAACCUUUAUGGCUGGUACUCAAUGAGGCUAGCCUUUAUUGGCGUGCACUUGGAAAUGGCACGUUUGCCUUCACCUGUUUACGAAAAGCAUUUAACUUGACCCCUCAUGAAUUUCAAGAUAUCCCUUUAGUCAACCUAGCAAACCUUCUCAUUCAUUAUGGCCUUCACCUAGAUGCCAGCAAGCUUCUCCACAAAGCUUUAGCCAUCAAUGAUUCUGAGCCUCUGACUUUUUUGAGCUUAGGAAAUGCCUAUUUGGCUCUGAAGAAUGUCAGUGGGGCUUUACAGGUUUUCAGAAAUGCUCUAGAUAUUGCCACCAAAUGUCUUGAGUGUGAGAGGAACCUGAAGCUGAUCCGUUGUUUGCAGUUCUAUCCAUUUCUGUACAACAUCACAUCUUCCACCUGCAGUGGCUACUGUCAUGAGAAGAGUCAAGAUGACAGCCAUGCUAAGCAGAAGUACUUUAACCCACAGGAUUCUGAUAUCAUAUUAAUAGAAGAAACUCUUAAAACGGCUGCUGAAGAUGAUUUGACAGAUCAGGUUCAUGGUUCAGCAGGGGAUUCAUCCUCUUUGACUUUAGAAAGUACUGUUAUUGCAGAAAACAAUGACUCAGAAGAAAUAGAAAACUUGGGAGGUGCUCAGAUGUCUGAGGAGAUGCUAGCAUUAGUGGAUGAGUUUGAAAACUCUUGGCCCCUUGAAGCUUUUGAAGGGGCCCUGGAAGUAAAAGGUCAUCGGAUGGACUUGCAAGGGAUCCGUGUCCUCAAGAAAGGUUCUCAAGAUGGAGUCGCCAGCUCCUGUUUGGGAGAUUGUGGAGAGGAUGAUGGUGAUGAUGGUGAAACUGAAUGGAUCACAUUUCAAGUAAAACGUGUGAAGAAACACAAACCAGAAAAUAUAGACCCACAAGAACCUGCUGGAAGAAAUGGAGAGGAAGGAGUAGCUGGAGUAAAUGAAAACCUUUACCAAAUGGCAUUGGAAAUCAGUGGGCCAAAAAUACCUUCCCCUGGGCCACCUGGAAGAAAGAAAGACUAUCGCAGCUUGGGCUGGCCAAGUCCUGAUGAGUGUGUUAAGUUCCGCAGGAUGGAUCUUACUACUGUAGCCAGCACAUGGCUAGCUGUUUCUGCUAAAAAUAUUGACAUCACGGAGCACAUUGAUUUUGCCACUCCCCUGCAAGAGCCCGCCAUGGAGCCUCUCUGUUAUGCCAACCUGCCUGCGAGCAUGCAUACUUUGGAUCACCUCCAUGGUGUUGCCAAUCGAGCCAGUCUUCAUUACAUGGGAGAGAGUCAACUGAAAGAGGUACUGCAGAAUCUUGGAAAAGACCGAUAUCCACCACAGUCUUUAGAACAAGUUGGUACUCGAAUAGCCAAAGUACUUGAAAAGAAUCAAACUUCUUGGAUCCUUUCCAGCAUGGCAGCUCUUUACUGGCGAGUAAAAGGUCAAGGGAAGAAAGCAAUUGAUUGCCUGCGGCAAGCCUUACAUCACACACCAUAUUACAUGAAGGAUGUGCCUCUCAUAAGUUUGGCAAACAUCUUCCACAAUGCAAAGCUUUGGAAUGAUGCUAUCAUUGUGGCUACGAUGGCAGUAGAAAUUGCUCCACACUUUGUCGUCAAUCAUUUCACUUUGGCUAAUGUUUAUGUAGCAAUGGAGGAGUUUGAGAAGGCAAUGCGGUGGUAUGAAUCUACACUGAAGCUUCAGCCUGAAUUUGCACCAGCAAAGAAUCGAAUUCGUGCCAUUCAAUGUCAUUUACUCAUGAAAAACGAAAGACAUUCUCCUUAAAUAUUACAAUCUUCUUCCUUUUUUCCCUCAAGAAAGCAAAAUCAUUGUUCAUUGAUAGACUUGAAAUGAAGUGAGCUAAUAGAAAUUGGAAAAUACUAUUUCUAGUAAGAAUUGGAGGUUGGUUGUAUUAUUCAGAAGCAAGAAUAUCUUUGGAGAAGCUAUAGUAAACGUUAUACCAGACAAUUGUAUAAAUAAAUAUUGAUCCCAGAGAACUUCCAUGUGCCUAUGUCCUGGACAUCAUUAGAUUUUCCACAAUAUUUGAUGGAUGCCAGCAUAAAAUUUAAUCUGCUUCUUGUCUUAGCACAUCUAUGAAAAUGCAAAGCACUUCAUCGCACCAGACACUAUAUGUAAGAGGAAAGCAUAAUUAGCUUUUCAUCCAUCAGGAGCUCAUAUUCUACUUCUUCAUUCACUCCAUACUUUAGUAUUACCAAGUCAGAGAAAGAUACUGAGAUAAUGCAGGAGAUUGCAAAUCAUUUUAG